AGUCGAUAAGGCAGCGCCGCCACCAUCAGUGUCAAUUAACCCUCAAAAGUGAGCCCUCGCUCCCCCAAAAAACACUCGCCCCCCUCAAAAACUUCUCCCUCGCCCCGGGGGCUCCCCACCCCCAUCGCCCUGGCUCCCCGCGCCGUCAAAAUAAAAACAAUCGAAAAAAAAAACAUCCUAACCUAAAAAAUUUGACACAAAACCUCGGAUCUCGGGAAAAUUCAUCUGACAUUGAUAAAAAAUCCCAAAAUCACCGAAAAUUCCAUCAAGGUCAUCCAGUGGAUCCGCGUGAAACAAAGGAUAAUUCGGAGAAAAAAAAAUUUAUCGAGAAAAAUCAGAAAAAAGGAAAAAAACAUUCUAAAACAUUUGACACAAAACUUCGGAUCUCGGAAAAAUUCAUCUGACAUUGAUAAAAAAUCCCAAAAUCACCGGGAAUUCCCUCAAGGUCAUCCAGUGGAUCCGCGUGAAAAGAAGGAUAAUUCGGAGGAAAAAAAAUUUUAUCCAGAAAAAUCGGAAAAAAGGAAAAAAACAUCUUAACCUAAAAAAUUUGACACAAAACCUCGGAUCUCGGGAAAAUUCAUCUGACAUUGAUAAAAAAUCCCAAAGUCACCGGAAAUUCCCUCAAGGUCAUCCAGUGGAUCCACGUGAAAAGAAGGAUAAUUCGGAGAAAACAAAUUUUUAUCGAGAAAAAUCGGAAAAAAGGGGCCGUGCUCAGUGUAUGGAGGGGGCGACGAGGUGUAUGUGACCCAGUGAUACGUAAAAAUGUCGUCCGAGUGCUCUCGAGGAAGUGAAUAGACAGGUGGGGGUGGGGAAAAAGGCGAAUUGAAGGAGCAGUUGGGCAUUGAAAAUAUGUCAGCACCGACAGUCAGUCGUGCGCAGGCAGCCAGCGUUGUCGUGUCAAGUGUUGAGUGCGCAAUAUGCGGUUGUACGGAUAGAUUACUGAGGUGUUCGCGUUGCAAAAGUGUUGUUUACUGCACCAAAGAGCAUCAGAAAUUGGAUUGGAAGCGGCAUCGGGCCCAUUGUCAGAAGAAUAACGAGGAUGGACUGUCGGGUGAUACGUCUUCCUGCUUCAGCGGUAGACUUUCUAACCUAAGUGAUAACAUUGGCGAGGAGAUUGAGAGGAUACAGGGGGACAGUAGGAAGCUCGAGAGCACCAAUUCAAAGCAGAGCCAUUCGAAUUCCACCCCCGAGGAACCCCCCAGUGACACCACCACCUCAACAGCCCGAAAGGCCUCGAAGAGUGGCUGGAGCUCGCCAAUUCUCUACGAGGGAAGUGCAGAGGACACGAUUCUUGGUGCUAGAGCUGAAUCCCUGAACCCAACCCUCGGUGCCACCUCCUCCGAGGAAAUAAUCACCGACAAUCAUCCCCACCUCCACAACGGUAUGAAAACCUUCCCCGAGGUGUCACUCAGUCGUGACGACGACUUCCUCCCGCCGUUCCUCCACAGAAACCGAAAUAAUUUCGAGGAAUUUAUCAUCGACGACAUCUGCAGAAAUGUGAUCAGGGACAUGAAUAAGUACGGUGUGUGUGUUGUGGACGAUUUUCUGGGGGCUGACAAGUGUUUAACAGUGUUGGAUGAGGUGCUGAAUAUGUACAGCGCUGGAGUGUUCAAGGAUGGACAGUUGGUGUCUAACAAAGCUGGUGCUAAGGACUUGAAGACCAUCAGGGGGGACCAGAUCACGUGGCUCGAUGGCAAGGAGAAACAGUGCCCCAACAUUGGAAUGCUCAUUUCGCAGGUCGAUGCCAUUGUCAUGAGGGCCAAUAAGAUGGAUGACAAUGGCAAGAUGGGGAAUUACAACAUCAAUGGGAGGACGAAGGCAAUGGUCGCUUGUUACCCAGGAUAUGGCUCUCAUUACGUUAAACAUGUGGACAAUCCAAAUCGUGAUGGAAGAUGUAUCACAGCUAUUUAUUACCUCAAUAAAGAUUGGGAUAUAAAGAAAAAUGGAGGACUCUUGAGGAUAUUCCCAGAGGGCUGGAGGGAUCAGGUCGCGGAUAUCCAGCCUCUCUUCGACAGACUCUUGUUCUUCUGGUCUGACAGGAGGAAUCCUCACGAGGUCCAGCCAGCUUACAAAACGAGAUAUGCCAUUACACUCUGGUAUUUCGAUGCUGAGGAGAGGACUCAAGCUUGCCGGAGAUAUCAGAGAGAACGGGAAGUGCCACCACGGUCAUGAAAUGCAGUAUCACCUCGACCGAAAAAUCAUCAUCUCAUCCGCUCUUCCCUCCCCCCCUCUCAUUUCCCUCACGUGAGGUAGGAACAGAAGAUUUGUAAAUAAAUAAUUAAGUAAACAGAGCACUGGUACAUAAACGUCACGUAUUAAUUAUGUAUUGAAACGAAGACUCUGAGCAAAAAGUGCAAUGUUGGAUAAACAAUGGAAAUGCAAUCCCACAGUGUUGAUCACCGCUCUUCCUCGAUUAACUAAUCUUAGGGAUUGAAAAUGAGUGUUGGGCCAGUAGAAUAAUUUUUUUUCUUCACAUUUUUAACGCAAUUAUUUCAUUGUUGAUGAUGGACGAGAAUUCAUUGAUAAAUUGUGGCAGAGAAUUGAAGGAAUUUAUUGAUUAAUCAACCAGACGUGUCGAAUUUAAAUUAUCUCUUGUAUUUUGUAGUUGUGGAGUAGAAAAGGAAAUAUUUUGCGAAUAAAUGGAACCGAUGGAUUGAAAAAAUAGAAGAGAAAAACGAUUUUUGAUGGAAAAAGUUGAAUAAUUGACAAUGACGAAAAAAUUUAUUUUCGAAGUCGCGAAUAUCUCCGGAAUCGUUGGGUCUAGGGGAAAAUGUCAGGAGACACUUUUUGCUGGAAAUUUAAUUCUCUACGAAAAAGGUGUUUUGAUGUUUUUCGAUAAAACCAGUGGUUAUCGGGAUAUUUGCGAAAUGAGCUGGACGAAAUUUUGCGAAUUCGUUUUUUCUGCAUAUUUGGUUUAUUUAAUUACAAGAUAAUUGCUUAGACUGCACGUUUUGUGUCCCAAUGAUAAACAACUUGUCGAUUAGUCAUCGAGAGCCACAGACUGAUGUGAAUCGAGUGUUGGAACGAUAGCUUUUCAUUUUGUACAGUGAAAAAUAUUAAAAUGAUCUAAAGAUGAUGGGAAAAUCAAAUUUACCUCACUAAUGAUUAUUGUACGAAUACUUUUGUAUUUUCAGCACUAUAAUUUUCCUCUCACCUCUCACGCAAUUUUUCAGGCUGAAAGUAUCUCAGUAUCGAGUUCAAUACGAAUGUUUAAAUUAUUGAUUAAGAAUAAGUUUUUCGCUGAUUUUUUCAAAUUUAAUUUGUGAAAAAUCAGAUAUUAUAUUAUUAAUUAACUCAAUUAAUUAUAAAUAAUGUUGUUAAUUACUUAAGUUAUGGAAGGAAGUUAUGCCUCAUCAGAGUAUUGUAAAACUGAACAUAGAAAAGAUUUUAUUACGAGCGAUUGAAUAAAUACUGUACAGAGAACAUUA